AUGCUCAUACGUAGUUCGCAAACCAGAAACUGUAUGCUGACGUUGUUCUUCCUACUAACAAUCUUCUUCAUUUGGAUGGAUGUGAACCUGUACAUUCGUAUCCAUGACUAUCCAAUCCGGGACAAUGAGAAGCGGUUGCUGAAUAGUAGUGCGGUGCUGAAACCAACCGUACCGGUAGCUGUAGCAUCGUAUGAAACUUCUUCGAUCUCACUCGGGCAGCCGGUUUCAACUGUCAGGUACGAUGAUGUGACCUGGGUAUCCUGCGAUCUGAAUCCACUUUGUGAUGUUACCGCGAAGGCGAUGAUACUGGAUCAUGUUAAUCACUACCUGUUUGCGCCGAUGGUAACUAUUGCGGACAAUCUGGUCGGCAUUUCCAGGGGGAAUCUGAUAACGCCCAACAUGAUAUCCAUUUUCCACGUAUUCGUGGCUAUUGCAUCAGGACGAAUGAUUGCUUCCGAUUCACUGAGCUAUCGCAGAAUUGGAGUAGUGCUAUUUGAAUUUCGAACGUUUUUGGACGAUUUGGAUGGACACGUGGCGCGAGAUAAAAAACAUGUCCACGGCGAACGAUCGGAUAUUGGUUCGCUGGGGUUCUACAUCGAUGCAAUUUGCGAUGUUCUGGGUGUCAUCGCACUCAUGAUUGGAGUGUUUAUCUUUCUGACGAACAAUCUUCCCCGAACAGGAUACACGCAGCUGCAGUCGAUCAUACCGACGACGAAGAAAUCUAAGAGUUCAUUCACUCACGUAAACUAUAAUCUGAAUGCGACUACCAGAGAGGUCGUCCAGAAGGUUUCGUGUUACAGCGCAAUUUGGGUACUGAGUGGCCUCACAUGGAACCGAUAUAUUGCCAUCUAUCAGGAUGUGCUCGAACGAGAGGACGUCACUCCAACGGAGUUCCUUCACCAGGAGUCGGUGUUUCGGUCGAUCGGGUUCUUCGUCAUAUGUUGGGUGUGGCGAAUGUUCAAUGUACACGCCCUUCUUCACUUUCUGCUGCUGAGCAUCUUCUGUGAUAAACUGUGGGAGUAUUUGCGCAUGGUACAGUACGCGGGUCUUGUGAUGCUGCUGGUUAUCAUAAGUGUGACCGAGAUGCAUUUUCUUAAGGUGAAACAAUUUAUCUGCAAAUCGGUGACUGUGUGA